AUGAAAUCGGCGAACCCAGAUGUGCAGCACUUCUUGGGCAUCCCCUGGUGCGCAGCGCACCUCAACGAGCCCGACACGGUCCGCGACACGGCGCCGUCGCGAUUUCCCAAGCAAAACACGGAGGACCAGCUCUUCUCGACGACGUUGAACACGGCUGAUACGAUCGCCGCGUACCUGACCUUUUAUAAGCGGCCGUCGUCAUCAUCAUACCUCUCAUCAACGUCGUCAACGGCGGACCCUGCUUCUCUCAAGACCCCAAACAUCCCCCAAGAUGACGAUACCGGCAUCUUGGUCCGCCAGCUCAAGGCCCUCCUGACGCUGCGCAGCGGCGUAAACGGGUACCCGGACGUCUCGCACGGCGGCAUCGUCGCGACGAUCCUCGACGAGACCAUCGGCCUCGUCUUCCCCGUCAACAAGACCAACGGCCUCGUUCCAGACGCAGCGUAUAUGACGGCCUACCUCAACGUGACCUAUUUGCGGCCCGUCCGGACGCCGCAGACGAUCCUGUGCGUCAUCGAGGUCACCAGGGUCGUUGGGCGCAAGUGGUGGAUCGAGGGGAGGAUUGAGGAUAGUGAGGGGGUUGUGCUGGCGAGGGCGGAGAGUUUGUAUGUGAGGUUGAUUGAGAAGCUUUGA